GGCAAAAGCCCUCAAUUUUUAUGGUGAGAACAUAGACGAUAGAAUACAGCUCUCCAGAACACACUCCUUUUCAUGGUGAGGUGCAAUGGGCCAGUGUGCACGCACAUGCAUGAAUCCAAAAAGCAUAAAGUUCACUACUUACCUGCAGUUCACUAAAAUUCAGACAGAAUAUUAAUUAGAAGGUCUUUUACAUAAUUGCAGCAGUAUAGUGACCUACACCAUCCACCACCAUGUGAAGAACACAAAAACAGAUGAAAAUGUGAUUUCAUUCUAUAUAUAUUUAUUCUGUUAUAUAAGAAAAACUAAAUUGUAUCAAAUGUUUUGUUCCAGAGAUCACAAAGACACUACUGGUGCACCCUUUUAGUGUCUUGUCUGCCAAAGUAAAUGCAUUUCAUAUAAGUUUUUAUUACAUAAGAGCCUUGUUUUUGUUUUGACACAUGGAUUUUAAUCACCAUCAUUUGCUUCUGAUUAAAAAGCUACAGAUACUUUGUCAUUUCAUUACCACUCACUGCCAUGUUGAGUCUGGUUUCCAGGGAAACUAAAAAUCAGAAGCUUUCAGUACUCUCAACCACAGUGAAAUUUCAAGGACCGCCAUCCACUGAGAUUCUUCUGGAAAACAAACCAUCUACAGCCUGCCUCUUAUCAUUACCAGCACCUAAAAGAGGAGCUUGGAGUGUGAAUACAUGCUCUGGCUGUGAAAUCUUUGAAAAUAUGGAUACAGCGUUUGAUCUGUCGUGCAGUUGAGCAGAACCAUCAGUGGUGUGAGACCGUGAAGCUCAGACGUUUCACUGCCCCUCUCCCGGAUCAACACAAACCCAUCUCUGAACCCAUGGAGGGUUCUGUUCUGACAGAAAGUGAAGUUUGGAAGGUUGGCUCGGAGACCAGCACAAGUAUAAACACCAACGACAGAAGUAUUGACUAUUUGCCCCAUAUGAACGACAACAUAACUGAUGAAAACCUGUCAAAAGCAUCUGAAAACCCAGGGACCACAGUCCAAGAGAUCUGUGGCAGCAUCCAGGAGCAACCCGACCAAGAGGUUACAUCAGAUCAAAUCAAGUCAGUAAUUCCACAUGAGCUGCGAUUAGAAGAGGAUUUAUCUUCCUCUCAAACAGCAGAUGAGAGCGAUGAGCCACCUGCGGCAGCGUGCAAACAAGAGAGGUGUGUUAACCAAGCAGAGGAUCCAGCAGAUAAGAUGUGCUUGGCAUCUGGCCAACAUAACCUUGACCAGGAGAUUACCAUACUGGUGACCAACCAUGACUGUACUUUGGAGGAUGAGGAGGAUGAGGAGUUUGGGGAGCAGAAGACUUCCAGCUGCCCUGUUGAACCCGAGACUGUCUCUUCAGUUGAGGGUGGAGGAGCGACUGAGGAAGAGAGUUUCGAUGGUUCCAUCGUCGUGGUGAACGUGAUUGAAGUCAGUCAAGUCCAGAAGACCAGCGUGAUAAGCCACGCAUCAACUGAGCAGAAUACCACCACUGACGAACCAAGAUUGCCUGGAGAUCCAGGGGAUAGUAGCAAUGAGACAAACUCUGGAAGCAAAGGUUCAAGCACCCCACAGAAAACAGACGCAAGUAGCACAGGCGCUAACACAAAGGCCUCGGUGGAAGUUUGCAGUCCGAAAGAUCAACCCACAAAGCCUGAAGAUGUAGAAGUAAAACUGAGGAAAACCAAAUCAGCUGAAACCAAGGAUGCUGGACGGCCUUUGCAAGAUACGCUCGCCUUGACUCGGUCGCCUGGACGCACACAGCACGUGCAAACCCAGGUUAGCCUAGAGGUGAUGUACCAGUCGGUGGCCACCAGCCCCAUGACUCCUCCCGAGGGCUCCACAACAUUCCUUUUUCCAAGCACCUUUGGAAAACUUGCCAACAAGUGUAGUACAGAGGUGGCACAGACCAAAGAUGCCGAGUUGCAGGUGGGCUUGCAGGUGGAAUUACGUUCAGUCGCCACGGCUCCUAUGACCCCAAUCGUUCUGACCCCACCUGAGGUAAUUCCCGAGCCGGAGCCACGGAUCGGGGUGACACCAGAAGAAGAAGUGCCAGAACACGUGCAGGAGGUGAGCUGGGAUGAAAAGGGAAUGACUUGGGAGGUGUACGGUGCGGUGGUGGAGGUGACAGUGCUGGGCUCGGCCAUCCAGAAACACCUGGAGAAACAGGUAAAGAAACAGAAGAAACAGCCUUUGGCCUUACCCUCUCCGACAGAUGCUCUGCCAGCAAACCCAACCGAAACAUCUAUGACGAUGCCUUCCAGUCCUCCCCCCACAUCAGACCUUGGUGAAAUCAGCCUGGCCAAAGGACAAAGUGAGGAAAAAACAGUGCAGAGUGGCAGGCGUCGACAGAAUAAUUUUCGCCAGUGGUUCAGGAACAUCCGGCGGCCAAGUUGUUGUUCAAGACCACGUCAAGAUGAGGAAAACUAAGGAAGGCAUGGUAGUCUAAAGACGUGCACAGGAUUGGGUUUUGUUCCAAUGAUACGCCCCUUUAACAGACUUAAGACAUUUGAAAUGACUUGUAUUGACACUGCGUCACAAGAAGCCCCUAUAUGGAUAAUCAUCAUUUUUGGUUUGGUUUGAUACACUGCAAAUAUACAGUCGUCUUAAUUUCUCCUCGCUCUUGACUUUAAAAUGGCUCCUACCAGCUUUGCUGCUUUGAGUGUGUUUUUGCUUGCUUCUGUCAAGACUGUGCUACCCUGAUGUUGUUGUGGUCAGUGAGGAUCACUUUUAAAGUGCCCUUUUACAAUAUUUUACACUAAUAAUUUUACCUUUAAAAUUUAUACAUUUCAAACAUGUAUAUAUGAAUUCAUCAUGUACAUUUAAGGAACGGUAGACUACAUUUAGAGUGACAGUCCCAAGCAGAGGUGUCGUGCCCAUUCAAAGUGAGGGGGCACGUGCCCCCUCAGAU